AAUAUUAAAAAAAGUGAGGUGAAGAAAAGUCAAAUCAAAUUUUAUAAAAUUUUCUAGUUUUUUAUUUGAAAUUUUCAUAAUUACUUACAAGAAUCUAAAGUAAAAAUGACAACUUUGAGGCCAUUUACUUGUAAUGAUAUGUUUAAAUUCAAUAAUGUAAAUUUGGAUCCACUUACCGAAACAUAUGGGUUAGCAUUUUAUAUGCAAUAUUUAGCUCAUUGGCCUGAAUAUUUUCAAGUAGCAGAGUCGCCUAGUGGAGAAAUAAUGGGAUAUAUCAUGGGUAAAGCAGAAGGGCAUCAAGAAAAUUUUCAUGGUCAUGUUACCGCGCUUACAGUUUCUCCUGAUUACAGGAGGUUAGGAUUAGCAGCGCUUCUCAUGAAUUUCUUGGAAGAUGUUUCUGAAAAAAAGCAAGCUUAUUUUGUGGAUUUAUUUGUAAGGGUAAGUAAUGCGAUUGCUAUUAACAUGUAUCGAAAUCUGGGUUAUAUAGUAUACAGAACUGUAUUAGAAUAUUACUCUGGUGAUCCUGAUGAAGACGCAUAUGAUAUGAGAAAAGCUCUUUCUCGUGAUGUUGAAAAAAAGUCUAUAAUACCUUUAACACAUCCUGUACGUCCUGAAGAUGUAGAUUGAUUUGAGUGUUAUUAUUUAUCCUAAUUAUUAACAAAAUACGGAAAUAUUGUUUGUUCAAGAUUUAACUUUAUUUUUUAUUAUUAAGAUUCAAUUACAGACAGAAUGGUAUCAUACAAUAUCUAUUUACAUAUAAACCAAAAAAUUCCAUUUUAAGAACUCAAUUUGUUUCCUAUAAUUUUUGUACUAUGUUGGUGCUAACUAAACAUUACAUAUUCUAUUUAUUAAGCCUAUAAAACUUUCUUCAUCUAUUUUUAAUAGCAGUGAUCAAUUUAAAAGUAACACUUAUUUAGUUAUCCAAGCACUAUGUGUAUGUUAAGAUUUUUUAAAUUUAUGUGUUUGAUUUGAGUGGAUAUAGUGUUAAUUUUAGAAAAAUUGAGGCAUGCUGAUUUUGAAAUUUUUUUACAGAUUACUAUGAAGCAGCUAAGGCAAUAUCAAAAAGUAAAUUUUAUUACUUAAAACUCUUUUAUAAGCAUUUUUUACUUUGAAAUGAAUUGAAACGAUGUAAUAAUGUAAUAUAAAUUUAAAU